UUUGUCAGUUUUGAUGUUUUUGACUUUUGGUCUUUUCACUUUCGUAGUUUCACCAUAUCAAAGGCAUAUGUCCAUGAGCUGAGCUGAGGUGAGCUACAAAUUGUAGCCAGAAUACAUAAGAGUACUCUUGAUUGUAGUAGAGAGAGAAACUCGACAGCUGAAACGCGGUCACUCGAAUCGGAAGAGCAUUCACAUUCAAGUGUAUUUUCAACAGAAAGUGGUUCGGUACUCUCUCCAAACGCCUCAACAUGGCAACUUCUGAACCAGCAUCAGACAUAGAUAUUUCGGACCAUCUCCAGAGCGUCAGAAAAGAGGCGACUGAUGGCGUCAGUUUGGUUGGAGAGUGUGAGGACGUCGAGCAGCUGAGAGCUGACUACAGUGCCGAUGACCAGGUCUACCAGGGAAAGAUCACCAGCGUGGUAAAGGAUUACAAGAAGAUGAGAAGAACCAGGCCGGACGGAAACUGCUUCUUCCGGGCGUUUGCAUUUGGCUACUGCGAAACAUUGCUCACGAAGGCCGAUGAAUGUGCCCGUGUGAAGGUUUUAGUCGAGGAGAGGAAGCAACAAGCAUUCGCCCUUGGCUUUCCAGAGAUGACUACGGAGGAUUUCUUUGACACGUUCGUUUCUCUUCUAGAGACGAUAGAGGGUGGAAUGUCUGAGAGGGAACUGAUAGAGUAUAUCAACAAUGAUUCUUAUUCGGAUUACAUUGUCGUGACCUUGAGAAUACUGGCAUCAGCUGAGCUGCAGGCUAACAACGAUUUCUUCAUCAACUUUGUCCAGGGAUUUUCCAAUAUGACAGAGUACUGCAAGAAGGAGGUUGAGCCCAUGUACCUGGAGAGCGAUCAUUUACAUAUCACUGCACUCACUUCUUCACUGAAAGUGCCUGUGCGCGUCGUGUACAUGGACCGUGGUGAGGGUGGUGAGGUGAACUGGCAUGAUUUCCAGGAGGAUGCCGGUGCACCGGUCAUCAAGCUCCUGUAUCGCCCGGGUCACUAUGACCUCCUGUACGAUAGCGCGUAGCUCUCUCCCUCUCGAUCAUCCUGGUCUGAUAGGUAGUGGCUGGCAGGUCCUUGCCAUCUGCUCUGGCUAAGCCCACCCUUUGCUGCUGUUGCUGUUGUUGGUGUUGCUGCUGCUGUUAUUGUUUUCGUUGUUACAAAUCUUUAUUCUCAUACUGUUGUCGUCGUUGUCUGUUUGUUUUUUAUUUUUCAUUUUAUUUUUUAGAUUAUCACCAUCCUUGUUGUUAUGUUAGACCGAUUGUAUGCUCUUAACCGCUGCGAUUCUAUUUUUCGCACCAUCGAAAACGUGUUUUUUUUAAACCAAGAUCAUUUCUUUUGUACUAUGUGUGUCUGUUUUAUCAAGUUCCCGUUUGCUAUCUGCUUCAGUGCCACGUGUACAGUGUAUACAGGAUGUUGUAACCAUCUGCUGCCAUGCACAUACAGUUUUGAUUUGUCAUGUUCUGUGUAGUAUUUAUCAUACUAAUACCGGUAUACGCAUGUGUUCAGUAGACUAGUUACUCUGGCUGCGGACGUUGCAAUCUGACCAGUUUGAUGCUUGGCUGCUUCUGCUGGCAACAGGCCGUGCACGCGCGCCCCCUUGAUCCGAAAUGUCGGAUUUUAAUAUCCACGACUCUUGCAGACGUAUCGGUCACUUGCUAUCACUUGUACAUUGAGUUCCUACUGCUGUUUAUCGUUGCCUGCGUUUUUGCUCUGCGCCUUAUUUUAUCCACAGCUGUAAAUGCUCGUGCUAUUGUGUUUUGGUUCUAACACUCAUUUGGUAUUUUGACAUUCCGGUGAUGUG